AUGGGUCGUCUUCACAGCAACGGAAAGGGAAUUUCUUCCUCGGCCAUCCCAUACUCGCGCACUGCGCCUGCAURGCUCAAGACCACCCCCGAGCAGGUCGUUGACCAGAUCUGCAAGUUGGCCAAGAAGGGUGCCACUCCUUCGCAGAUUGGUGUCGUUCUCCGUGACUCGCACGGUGUUGCCCAGGUCAAGAUUGUGACUGGUAACAAGAUCCUGCGUAUCCUCAAGGGCAACGGCCUCGCUCCCGAGAUCCCAGAGGACCUCUACAUGCUCAUCAAGAAGGCCGUCGCCGUCCGCAAGCAUCUCGAGCGCAACCGCAAGGACAAGGACUCCAAGUUCCGCCUGAUUCUCAUCGAGUCCCGCAUCCACCGUCUGUCCCGCUACUACAAGACCGUCGGUGUUCUCCCACCCACCUGGCGCUACGAGUCCGCCACCGCCAGCACCAUGGUCGCAUAA